CUACCAAAGAUCAGAUUGCUUUUUUUCUGGUAGAUGACUGCUAAGGCGGCCAGCUCAGCUCAGCUCAGCUCGCUCGCUCGGGGAGGGAGCGCAUCUGGAGGAAUGCCGAAGCGCUCGGCCGCGCGCCCUGCGCGUCCUGGGGACAAUGGAGAGCCACCCUGGGCCGCCCGGCCGCUGGGGGCAGCAGCUGGGCAACAGGUGACCUCCUGAGACCUCGUGGCUUGCUCUGCAGCCUAAAAUGCCGCAGCACAGCUCUUCGGAUCACGUUUAAUUAUGCGGACUUUGUAAAACCCCGUGAGGGACGCUGAGACCUAACAAAGCAAAAGUGCAGGGCCUCGUUCACCCGGGACGUGAACGACCGAAACCCCGAAACCAAGAGACCCCACCAAGAAGAGCGUGAGAAGGGGUUAUGGCCCAGUCUCAAGCAUGGGUGAAAAGAUACCUCACAGCCUUUUGCAAAGGCUUCUUCGUGGCGGUGCCCGUGGCGGUCACUUUGCUGGACCGAGUUGCCUGCGUGGCGAGAGUGGAAGGCACAUCAAUGCAACCUUCUUUGAAUCCUGGGGGGAGCCGGUCACCUGAUGUGGUACUUUUGAACCAUUGGAAAGUGAGGAAUUUCGAAGUUCAGCGCGGUGACAUUGUGUCGUUGGUGUCUCCUAAAAACCCACAACAGAAAAUCAUUAAGCGAGUGAUUGCUCUUGAAGGAGAUAUUAUCAGAACCAUCGGACACAAAAACCGGUAUGUCAGAGUGCCCCGUGGUCACAUCUGGGUCGAAGGUGAUCAUCAUGGACACAGUUUUGACAGUAAUUCUUUUGGGCCGGUUUCCCUGGGACUUCUGCACGCCCGCGCUACGCAUAUCCUGUGGCCGCCGGCGCGCUGGCAGAAACUGGAGUCUGUUCUUCCUCCAGAGCGAUUGCCACUUCUGAGUGAGCAAGACACAGUGCGUGGAUCUGCUUGACUUGCUGGUUUCGGCAGAGGAUGGAGAAAGGGAACCUCAAAGGGAGAAGGAUGCUGUGCGGCCAACAUUUGUCUCCCAGUGAUGAGUGUUAGAGUUCCAAAUAUUGCUAGGGACCUGGGGUGGUAUUAAACCCUAGUAUUUUCUUGUUUCAUGCCAAAUAUAUAAUAUAUAUGUGUGUGUGU